CUGCAGAAAUCCACCACCGCUGAUCUGAAAGGGAAGGGAACAUCACUGGAGACACCAUGCGUGAGUGCAUCUCUAUUCAUGUUGGCCAGGCUGGAGUUCAGAUAGGAAAUGCAUGCUGGGAACUCUUCUGCCUGGAGCAUGGCAUUCAGCCAGAUGGCACCUUCAAGGAUCUGCCUGAUAAACUCAACUACGAUGACUCUUUUACCACAUUUUUUAAUGAAACUCUCACUGGGAAGCAUGUGCCACGAGCUGUGAUGGUGGACUUGGAGCCAACUGUAGUAGAUGAAGUGCGAGCUGGCAUCUUCCGGGAACUUUUCCAUCCAGAACAGUUGAUCACUGGAAAAGAAGAUGCAGCAAAUAACUAUGCCCGUGGCCACUACACCAUUGGCAAAGAAAGCAUUGAUAUGGUGCUGGAUCGUGUCCGUAAGCUGACUGAUGCCUGUUCUGGGCUGCAAGGAUUCCUCAUCUUCCACAGUUUUGGUGGAGGAACCGGCUCUGGCUUCACCUCCUUACUGAUGGAACGCCUCUCUGUGGAUUAUGGAAAGAAGUCCAAACUGGAGUUUGCCAUCUACCCAGCCCCUCAGGUCUCCACCGCUGUGGUGGAGCCCUACAAUUCCAUCUUGACCACACACACCACUCUGGAGCACUCAGACUGUGCCUUCAUGGUGGAUAAUGAGGCAAUUUAUGAUAUCUGCCGCCGAAACCUGGGCAUCGAGCGUCCCACUUACACUAACCUCAACCGUCUCAUCAGCCAGAUUGUCUCAUCCAUUACUGCCUCACUGCGCUUCGAUGGUGCCCUCAAUGUGGAUCUGACAGAGUUCCAGACAAACCUGGUGCCCUACCCACGUAUCCACUUCCCCUUAGUGACCUACGCCCCCAUCAUCUCCUCGGACAGAGCGUACCACGAGCAGCUCUCAGUGGCUGAAAUCACCAACUCCUGCUUUGAGCCCAACAACCAGAUGGUGAAGUGUGACCCAAGACAUGGGAAGUACAUGGCCUGCUGCAUGCUCUACCGUGGUGACGUAGUGCCCAAAGAUGUCAACGUAGCCAUUGCUGCCAUCAAGACCAAGAGAACUAUCCAAUUUGUGGACUGGUGUCCAACAGGCUUCAAGGUUGGGAUCAACUAUCAACCUCCUACAGUAGUUCCUGGUGGAGAUCUAGCCCAAGUUCAGAGAGCAGUCUGUAUGCUGAGCAAUACCACAGCCAUUGCAGAAGCUUGGGCAAGGCUUGACCACAAGUUUGAUCUGAUGUAUGCCAAGAGAGCUUUUGUGCACUGGUAUGUGGGUGAAGGCAUGGAGGAGGGAGAAUUCGCAGAGGCCCGAGAGGACCUGGCUGCCCUGGAGAAGGACUAUGAAGAAGUAGGAACUGACUCAUUUGAAGAAGAAAAUGAUGGGGAGGAAUUUUAAAAUACACUUUGUUCCUAGUG